AUGUUACGUUUUAGUCGUAUUAUUUUUAAUAGUAAAGUUGUAAAUAAUUUGAAAAUGAAUCUAUCAGAGGACGAAUGGAAGGUGAAGCUCUCACCAGAGCAAUUUCAUGUGUUGCGUCAAAAGGGAACAGAGAGAGCUGGUACCGGUCAGUAUAAUAAGCACUCUGAGGAGGGUGUAUAUAAUUGCGCUGGUUGCGAGACUCCACUCUACACAUCGAAGAGCAAGUUCAACUCUGGCUGUGGAUGGCCGGCUUUCUUCGAAGCGAUACCCGGUGCUUUGACCAUCUUUGAAGAUCGUUCACACGGUAUGGUUAGAACAGAGAUCUGUUGUAAGAACUGCGGUGGUCAUUUAGGUCAUGUAUUUAAGGGCGAAGGAUAUAGCACACCAACUGAUGAAAGACAUUGCGUAAACUCAAUAAAAGUUGAACAACCAAGACAACAAAAACAACAGCAACAAAAACAACAACAACAACAACAACAACAAUGCGAUGUAAUAGUUAUAGUUGCAUCAACAAAUUGA